AUGGAGGAGCAGCAGGAGAUGAGGAAUGCCAUGCUGGAGCAGAUGGUGACUGAGACAGCCAACCAGAUGCAGGAGAAGCUGGGUGAGCUGGAGGAGACAGUGAGCAUCGUGCAGGAGGAGCAGGAGAUGGCGAAGGCAGCGUGCUCCAACUGCACCUUCGACGACAAAGUCCUUUUGGGGGAGCUCGUCCAGCGCUGUGAGAAACUCGAGGAAGAGGUGGAGUCCCUGCAGUCACGGCAGACAGCCCUGGGCAAGGUGGAGAACAUCAUAAAGCAAAGGAGCCAGGACCAGCAGCUCCUGCAGCACAUGGAGGACAAGGUCAGGAAGAUUCAAGGGGACUGUGAGGAGCUCAGCUUGGUCUCAGGGAACCUCCAGAAGGACUGUGAGGAAAAGCAGAAAGCUAUUGAGAUGCUGUUCCAGUCCUUGGAGAAGCUGAAGAAGGACAAAGCAGAGGAGCAGAACAUGUUGGCGGCAAAGGACAUGAAAGCGGACAAAGAUGCCUUGGGCAGCAAAGUCAGUUGCACCCAGUUUGAGGCGAGCAUGGAGCGGCUGGAUAAGAGGAUGCAGGAGAUGCAGGGCCAGGUGUUGGGACAGAAUGAGCAAUGGAACGAGGUGCAACAGCAGCUCAGCAACAUGAUGGAAAACAAGGUGAGCGGUGCCUCGUCCCUCUCAUGCAAAACGGGUACCUUUGGGUCUUGGCAGCCUGAAUCAGCAUCCCUCUGA